CGUCAUCAAUCUCCUUGAUUCAAGAAUAACCCUAGACAAAGCCAAAGAAGCCCUCAGAUGGAAACCAAGGUUGAAGAAACCCUGAACCUCUCUUAUGAUGAUUUUGAGCCCUUUUGCAAGUGGACAAGAGAGGAAGGACAUGACAAACUCGAGGUCCAUGUACAAGAUUUCAAAAUGGAACACAUGAGCAUCCAAAUACAGGAACCUGGUGUUGUGACAAUUACUGGAGAGAGACCUCUAGAUGACACUCGCUGGAGCCGGUUUCGUAAACAAAUCAGAAUUCCGAAGGAUACUAAAACAAAUGAAAUUCAAGCAAACCUUUCUGGGGAUAUUCUUCAUGUAGUUGUGCCUAGGAAAACUCCUGCACUUCCUGCCAAAAAAAGCAGCACCAAAACUAGUACAAUAACUGCAAGUAUGGCAUCAAAUUAUUUGUUUGGCUUAAUAAAGAGUGCAAUUUCGAGGCUAGAAAUGAACACCAUGUUAGCUCUACCAGUUGCAGGAGUGCUUGCUGUGGUGGUGGCUUUCGUAGCUUAUGCUUACAAAGAUUGUCACUGUGGAGAUGCUGAAAGCUAAUUGUUCCAUAUUUAAUUAUUGAAAUAUACUUCUAACCCAGAUUCUGCAUUUUUUGUUUGAAUUUGAAAUAAUAUUAAUGAUGCC